AUGAGGAGUCAUGGAAUAAGUUCAAACGUCGAGCAGAACAGCAAUAGCAAAGACAGCACUGCUUUGCUUUCACCAUUGUUUCAUUAUGGACCAGUGACGUUUAUAAAAUUACAUAAACAAUUUAUCUUUGUCGGGUACGGCCCAAUUUUAUACAUUUAUCGUGUAGAUUCCUCCAAAAGCACCACCGCCACCACCAAUAACAAAGAAAGUAUUUCCUUGAUUUUCCUGCGACAGGUGUUUAAGAGGAACAAGAUCCAUCAUAUAUCUGUCAACGAAGCGGCAUCGAAAAUUAUACUUAGUGGUGGUCGAUCAUUUGCUGUUUUACCGUUUGAUGAUGACGCAUUACAUGGGUUACAGUUGGGUGACUGUGAAUUUAAAGAACGUGGUAUUAAUGAAUGGAUCAUCACGUCGGAUGUAUUAGACGAUGGGACUGUUCUCUUGCUCAAUUCGUAUAACAUGGUGUACCUAAUUCGUGAUGGGUCGAAACAGCAGCAUGAGCAGACGAAAGAGAUCCAAUUGGUGGAAAAGAUUCAUUGUGGUGAAAAAUCGAUUUUGUACAGCGGUUCAAUCAAUGUAUUGGAUGCAAACAAGAUCUAUAUUGCUGCGGGCACCGUUAUGAAUGGGGUCAUUAUUUGGGACUUGCAUCGUCGAUGCAUAGUCCAUAGUUUGAAUGAUCAUGAAGGAUCGAUAUUUGGCGUCAAAAUUGACCAUGCUGGCAAAUAUAUCAUAUCAUGUUCUGAUGAUCGUAGUAUCAAGUUGUACGAUCUUUAUGAGGGAAAAGUAGUUGCAACUGGAUGGGGACACGGGUCAAGAAUAUGGAAUUUGGAGUUCGCAAACAGUGGCAGCGACAGCGCAGAUGAUAAUGGUUUGAAGAUUAUGAGUAUUGGUGAAGAUUGCACAUUACGUAUUUGGCAGUACGAUACAUCAUCCGACCUUUUACAACCAGUUAAAGUGAUUGAGAAUUGCCAUCGCGGUAAACAUGUGUGGUCAGGCGAUGUAGAUGUUGCCAAUUUGGAAAUCUGCUGUACUGGUGGUGCUGAUGGAAGAGUGCGAGUACACGAUUUGCUAGCACGAAAUCAAGUGACAACUAGAUUAACAAUGGCCAAUUUCGAUCAAGCUUUGACCUCGUCAAUUUCGUUUGGAAAACAUGAUUGUAUUCGCGAUUAUUUCGAGUUGACCAAUUUGAACAAAUUGGUAUGUUUGACUUCGAAUGGAUACGUGCUUGAGUACGAUUAUGGAUUGAAAAGUUGUAAAGUGCUUUAUCAUAGUGAUAAACUUACGGGAUUUGGUAUUGUUGAUGGGUUUAAUGAUGCGAAUUUUGUGGUGGUUACUGAUCGGGGUGGGAACUUGACAAUUAUUCAGUAUCAUGAGGAUGACAUUAUGGUAUCUCUGAUUGUGAAUGUUGAUGAGUCGAUGAAAAUUACCAACUUGUUAACAUGCUCAACUGGUGGAAAGAGUUUUGUCUUGAUUGAGUCACCAAAUGUCAAAAUCCCAUUCAAGUUGCAUGAACUCAAUGUGGCAACUGAUGAUGGUGUCGCUAGAAUUGCCUAUACUUGGAAUAUUCCAAAACCAGAAGCGAAUUUCCCCAUAACUGCAAUGACAAUAGAUAUAACGAACAACUGGAUUAUACUCGCUUCGAAAAAAGUAUCAUUAUACCUCGUUGAUCUUGAUGAUUUAUCACGACACUUGAUGUUGAAAAAAGUUGCUAUGGGCGAUACUGUAAGUUCAGUAUCGGUACUCAAUUCAGAAAUUGGAAAGUUGGACUUGUUGAUAUUAGCUCGAGAUGGAAUGUACUUGAUUGCAUCCAUUACCCAACCCCACCAGGAUGGGCUAUUCCACGUUGAUAUAACCCAUGCAAAUAAAUUGACUCGGGGGUUUAUUGAAGGUGGGUUUUUCCAUAAUGGUGAAGAUUUAAUACUCUAUGGAUUCAAAUCUUCAUAUUUCUACAUUUGGAACGAGACUAAACAAAUUGAAAUCAUGAAUGAGUAUUGUGGCGGUAAUGGACAUCGACAUUUUAAGUUUUAUCGAAAGACUGAAUCAAGCUUUAGUUUUAUUUAUCUGUUCAAGAAUGACAUUUAUGUGUGUCAUUACCAAGGUCGGUUUAUUGACAAUGAAGAUAGUGGACAAGGCGAAGCCAAUUUUGGUAUGAUACAUAGUGGAACUCAUGGACGUGAAAUUAGAGACGUUGCUGUGCAAAAUGGUCAAUUGUUGAGUGAUGGAUCGCGAUUAAUAAUCAGCUCAGCUGAAGAUUCAACCAUUUGCCUUGGGAAAAUAUUGCCCAAUGGUGCAGUACGCAACUAUUGGAACAUGACGAAUCAUAUUUCGGGUAUGCAAACGGUAGGAUUCCUCAAUUGUGACUAUGCAUUCAGUUCAGCUGCCAAUGAAGAAUUUAUCAUUUGGAAAGUGUGUUCGUUAGGCAAAGACAGCACGACAACGGCAAUACCGACGUUGCGGGAAUUGGCGCGAUUGAAAUCGAGUCAAGAUGUGCCUGAUUUACGAGUAAUGGAUUAUGAUGCUGUUGAAUAUGAUGAGUAUAUAUUCGUGGCUACAGUUUAUUCAAAUUCCAUGAUCAAAUUAUGGAAGUUUGAAAAGGCCCUGGCUAGAUUUGAUUUGAUUAAUGAAUGGAGCUAUGCAACUUGUUGUAUUUUGCAUUGUCAAUUUUUCAAAUUGAGCAACGGCCACAAUUAUCAAGAUGGGGCUUAUUAUUUAUUGAUUGCUACUACUGAUGGAAAUAUCACUGUUUAUGAUAUAUCAGAUCCCAAAUCACCAGUACAAGUAUGCAAACUGAUACUUCAUCAAAGCGGAGUCAAGGCAAUCUGUUUGAUACCAAACGACAAUGGAGUAUAUUUAAUCACUGGUAGUGAUGAUAAUGCUCUUGCGGUUUCACUAUUGACCCCAGGAGACAAUUCCCAAGUCAAGCUACAACUCAUCAAGAGCCAGCACGGUGCUGCAUCAGCUACCAUCACUUCAAUCUCACAUGUAAAAGGUAAUCUAGUUGCUGUUGUUUCAGUAGACCAAAUGAUUAGGAUAUGGUCAUUUACUGACGAUGACUUGGUCCGUCAAGACGCUAGAUACACUACGGUUUCAGAUACUGGAUGCUGUGAUGUGACUACAGUUGGUGGUAGAGACGUUUUGGUUGUCGGAGGGGCUGGAUUGAGCACAUGGGAUAUAUCCCCAUCCUCAAGAGAUUAA